GAAAUACAAAGCUCUUUCAGAUUUAGUUGUGAAUAGAAUUGAUUCGUAGAACUAAGGCGUGGAAGCAUAUAUAUCUGUUCAGUUUUAAGAAAUAAAGAUAAAAAUUAAAAGAUAGUGAAGAAAGACUGGUUAUUCUUUCAUUUUUGAUAUUGUCUGGAUAUCUUUCUAAUGCGUUUAAUCGUGUACUUAAAUAACUGAAAUGAAAAGGCAGGACAGUCACAGACAGACAAAGACUGAUGGUAAAAGGCGGAAGUUAGAAAUGGAAGUCAGCAAGUCUACGCCUGAAACCAUUCUAGAAGAAGAUAAUGACAAAAAGGAUACUGAGUUCACAAAUGUUACGGGAACAACACUAGUGGUAGAGGAUGACAUAGAGACAGAUGGUGAAAAGGAACCAGGAAACGACAAAACAUGCCAGAUAUCCAGGUCAAGACCGAAGUUAGAAGAUGGAUUUGGCUUUGACACUAUAUAUCCGAGACAGCUUCAAGAGCUACCGAGUGUGCCCAAUGAGGUCCCACAAGAUUAUGCUGAUAUGAGUCCAAGAAAACUGACGACCGAACAUAGAAUGAAAUUCUGUGGCAUACCAUUAAAAAGACAGAAACCAGAUCAACAUACGAAAAUAACGAUUCCCCACAAGUUUGCCGAUAAAUCCGAAGAAGAUGACUUUGGAGCAACAUUAUGUACCUACAAAUACGGAAAGAAAUAUUACCGACACUUCCUUGUGAAAAUUGAACCAAAUCAACCGGCUUCAGAAAUGAAGAUAAAAGAUAAUGAUGAGCUUGUGUUGGUGAAUGACUUGUUUGUUCCGAAACUGUCGCACACAGAAGUGUUGGGCUUGUUUCAACAUGUCAAAGUAGAAGGGAUAAUACAGUUGAUUUUGGCUAUUAGAAGAAAACUGUCUAAACAGAAAUGGGAGUGGAUACAGACCAGUGCUGUUCUACCUCCUGGAAAUGAAAAAGAUGAUCUUCCAGCAGUUACUGAUUUACAGUACAAAGAGUUUGAAGGUGAUAAACCAAUUGAAAGACCAAUUAGCAAACACCUUUAUAAGAUACCUGGCACUGCAAAGUAUCUUGACAUUCGUGAUGGUAAAGUUCGGACAGGACUAUUGAAUGAUGGUAAUGACAGAAAAAUGAUUAUAUGGAAGCGCACAAAGUUUUGGCCGGUUGACAGUGAAGGACAUAUAAACUUUGCAAGUACUCUUUGUGACGUGACAAAGCAGUGGUUCAUUGCAAUAGAUCCGAAUGGUCAAAUAGUAGUACAACUCAUAGCGGUAAAAGUCUAUCAUAGUAGUGAUAUAUCCUCACUAUUAGUGCUGAUUCGGCUUGAUAAAUCUAUAAAUGGAACUAGUGACGUUUUAGUCGCUAUUUAUGAACUGUCAGUGCAUGCAUUGGGAAUGAAAGUUGAUUCCGACAGUGUACAUCCGAAAAGUAAAAAACGGAAUUUAAAAGAUGUUGUGAUCAGUGUUACGUUGUUUGGUGGAUGUGUAUUUCAGAAGCUGAUUGGCUAA